AGUUGUCGGCGAGCGGGCGACGGCGAGCGUCGUCGUCGUCCGGAGGAGAGGAGAGAUAGGCGAGCGCGAAGGAGCGGGCGAGCGACGCGAAGCGGUUGCCGGUUGGAUACGCGAACGGAGGGCCCGGUGCAGCGGAGGCGGGAGCGCGCGGCGGUCGGCGUGGAGUUGUGGUGGACGCCCUCCUGCCCCGGCGGCGCUCCGUCGCGCCCCGUCGCGAGUGUCUCUGUGCCGUGAGUGCGCGCGCGCCCUCGAUGGGGGUGUGCGCCGCGACGUCCGCCGCCAGCACGACCUCCCAAGGACCCCUGGCCGUCAACGACUUCCUCCGAGGAAAGAUGAAGGUGCUCAAGAAGUUCAAAAAGAAGAUGGGAUUAGCGCCCCGCUCGGGCAGCAGCGGCGGGACCAACAACCUGCCGCCCAUCCUCUUCCACCAGGUGCACGGAGACAACAUCCGCGUGUCGCGCGACGGCACGGUGGCCCGCCGCGCGGAGAGCUUCUGCAAAGGAGUCACCUUCAGCAGCCGCCCCAUCAAGGUGGCCGAAAAGGUGUGUGUCAAGUUCCUAGAAGUGUCUGACAACUGGAGUGGAGUCAUCAGGUUCGGGUUCACUUGCAAUGACCCCAAUAACCUGCGAUAUGGGCUUCCUAAAUACGCUUGUCCAGAUCUCACCAACAAGCCCGGCUACUGGGCGAAGGCCCUGGCGGAGCGGUUCGCGGAGCGCGACACGGUGCUGUUCUACUACGUGACGCAGGCGGGCGACGUGUACUUCGGCAUCAACGGCGAGGAGAAGGGGCUGUUCUUCAGCGGCGUGGAGACGCGCGGGCCGCUCUGGGCCAUCAUCGACGUGUACGGCAACUCGACGGCCAUCGAGCUGGUCAUGGCGACCGAGCCGAUGUACGUGGGCGCACUGGCCUUCGGGCUGACGUCAUGCGACCCCGCUUCGAUACAGGGCAGCGAGCUGCCGGACGAUUCCGACAACCUCCUCGACCGGCCUGAAUACUGGGUGGUCAGCAAGGAUGUGGCCAGUUGCCCCCAGAGAGGGGACGAACUCACGUUCUGCGUUACGCAUACAGGUGAGGUGCAGUUCUCCAAAAACGGCAGCCCUCCGGUGGUGUUCAUGCACGUGGACCACACGCUGCAGCUGUGGGCGUUCCUGGACGUGUACGGCAGCACGCAGAAGGUGCGCAUCUGCGGCAGCAUGCUGGAGCUGCGGCCGGCGUCGUCGUCGCCGCCGGUGCUGCGUCCGCUGGUGGAACCGCAGAGGCUGCGCGUCAGCCUGCCCUCGUGCAACGGCGUGACCGGGGACGCGCCUGUGCCGCACGGCGGGCCGCACCCGCACGCUCACGCGCACGCGGCGGGCGUGCCGCCGCCCCCGCCCGCAGCACAGCAGCAGCACAAACAGGCUUCUGCUGCUCCGGCCCCACCC